AUGGCUGAGGAUCGAGAUUGUAUUAGCAGAUUCUUCGGGGAUAGCAGUUUGAGCGCAGACGAGAUUUCGAUAUCAUCCCUACAAACCGUAGAUACCUCGCAUGGUCCAAGCGAAAACUCAAUUGAUUCCGAGACAGAUGGCUUAAGCUUAUCUCAGCUGUCAAUAAGCGAACCGGAUCCAUUGAAUAUUCGACCAUUCUUCAACGUCACCCCCCGACCAAUGCCACAAUCACCGCACCGCAUAGUCGAAGAAGAAUUCUGUGGCAACCCAUGGGCAAUGUUAAUAGCAACUAUAUUCCUAACCAAAACCUCAGGCAAAACAGCUAGACCGUUUAUGAAAAACUUCUUCGAAGAGUACCCGACACCCUAUCACGUACUGGGUGACAAUCCGUCAGCUUUAGAAAAGUAUUUUGAAACUCUAGGGCUUAGGAAACGAGGAGAAAUUAUUUGGAAGUUGAGUUAUCAGUUUGUCUCGUCAAAAUGGCGUCGUGCGAGCGACUUAUGUGGUAUCGGAAAAUACGGAGAGGAUGCGUAUAGAAUGUUGUGUCUAGGUCAUACAGAUUUGGAACCUGAAGACAGGUAUUUAAGGUUGUAUUUGAAUUGGCUGCAGCAACACACUGGGUUUAUGGAAGAUAACGGAAUGAUGGAUAGCGAAUUCAUAAUAGAAGAUCCUAUUUUAAAGUACUAUAAAACAACGUUAAGGGUUGUUUAG